UGAACACGUAAUAUUUUAGAUGUAAAUAAUAAAGCAGCUAAGUAAGCUGACAGAAGUUGAUUAGGGCUACUCUUCAGAGGACCCCCUCAGGGGCAGGAGAAAGAUGGAAGACAGUGGGUUUCAGGAGCUUCGAUACUGGAUUCAGGACCAAAUCACGGUCCAAGAAGCAAGGCCUGAAGUUAUGGGCAGCAACACUUGCAGAUCAUCAAAGGAUCUCGUAAAACUCAACCCAGCAAAUCCGAGGAGAGUUGCUUGGAAUGAUGACGACAGCGAUGACAGUGCCACCUAUGCCUUCCCAACUGCUGAUAGGAGCAAAAAAACACAGGCUCUGACAGGUGAUCAGAAGGGAAUCUUCAACUAUGUUAAGGAAAAGACGGUGACUGGGGGAUUGAGGCAACAAAAGAGGGUGUCAGAGAGACGACAAGACCAUGAGACACAGCAUCCUACAGAGGGAAGAAGUCAAGGAGUGAUAAGACAGAGGGGUAGAGAGAAGCAAUCAGACAUAAGAAGACAUAAACAUGAUCUAGAGGUGCAAGACCUGGAAAUUGAAGACACCACAGAAAUAGAGGAUCUACUAGGGUCGCAGUGUAAGGAAGAGGGAGAAACGCAUCAGUUGAAACAGAUGACUAGCAGCAGCUUGAAGGAAACUGAGAAACUGUCACCUGAAGAACCUGAUCUGUCCGGAACACAAGAGAAGAUGAAGGUGAAGCAACCGAAAAUGCAGGGGGGAAACAGGCAGCGGCAGAAGGAGUUGGAACAAAUAAAAUACCUGGAGAGAGAUAAGAGAGACAGAGAGAGACUGAGCAAAGUGGAGAAAGAGGAACGACAGAGAGAAAAAGAACGUCUGGAAGAACUGGUGAUCCAAAGAAUGAGACAGAAGGAAAUGGAGCAACACAAUGAGAUGAAGAAACAGAAAAAGAGGCAGAGACCAAAUGAAUCAAAAAGAGACAUGAAAACAUUUGGUGAGACAGAAGGCCAAAGUGAGACUCUGACCCAAUGGCUGGAAAAGGCAACAUGGUUAGACAACCAACAGGAGAAGACAGAAAGACAGCUCAGGGGACGUGUGAAAGAAACCAACGGUGAGGGCAAUGGCAGGCAAAGAACUGAGGCAGAGCUAAACAAGGCGAGAAGGCAACGGGAAGAGUCUGAUGGAAAUAAGGGAACUAAAGUAUCGGAUCUGAGAGAGGAGAGAUUGAGAGAAAAUAACCCAAACUGGGUGCGAAAGCAGGGAUGCAGGGAGGAGAGAGAUACCAGUGGAUUGGAAGAGAUGAGAAAGAUGCUAAAUAAGCUAGAGCAAGAAGAGGACAGAUGUAGAGAGGUGGAGGACAACACAGAAGCUCAUCAACAGGAGGUGGAGAGCGAAACAGACUCUACGGACAGUCUACAGAUGUACAGGAGAAACCUGUGGCUGCUUAGAGAGAAACAUAGUUUGACGGAGCUUGACGAAGAGGUGGAAACCGAGAGGCACCAGGAGGCCAAAAAACACAAUCUCUUAGAGGAAAGUGAAACAGACUCACAAAGCCAGGAGGGAGAACAGACAGACAGUCAGACAGACAGUCAGACAGACAGACAACAAGAAGUGGACUGGGACAAACUUGAGAAUGACAUCCUCUCCCUGACAGACCCAGAGGAGAGAAGCGAGUGCAGCAUGAUCUCUGGGGAGGAUGAAGUCCAUUUUCAGAGUAGUUUUCAGUUUUCUGAUAGAGAUAGGAGUGUGAGGAGAAGAAUUAUUGGAUGGGUCAAUGACAAAAUGAAAGAACGAUAUCAAAGAAAAAUAGUCAGAACAAUGCAGAGGGAAAAGCAUGAGGGCCAAGAAACAUAUAUCUCAGGGUUUGCUCUUGCAUCGCUGGGGCUGGGUAGGAUCUGCACCCGCGCUGAGCGAGAGCAGGAGAAACGAAUCCAGCUCCUGAAGGCAGAGGCCAGACGGCAGGAUAUGGAGUCCAAGUGGCUUCAAUGGGAAGCAGAACGGAAGAGAAAGAAGGAGGAGAGAAAGGCCAGAGAGAGGGAGGAGAAGAGCCGUGCCCAGCUGGCCUGGAUCCUGCAGCAGAACGAGAAAGCCGACAGGAACCUGGACCGUUACAACAGCCAACAGAUGUACACCAGCGCCAACACACUGGAGAAGGAACAGAUAAUUGAUUGGGAUGGGAGGACAGAGUGAAAUACACCUACCGCCUAUGAAAAGCUUGUUUUGUUAAGCUUAAAAAGCUUAAAAGUUAUCAGUCCAGUCACAUUUAGGCACUAUUGCAUCAUCUUUCAACUAAUAAAUGUUUCAUUGACAAAG